AUGCAAAGAUCCUUCACCACUCGUAGAUCUCUAAAAAAGUCAAGCCCUCGUCAAUCUUACCAUCGUCGUUCAUUUCGAAAACUGAACAAAAAACGAAAAUCCAGGCCAUCAAGUGGUUACCAUAGCCUGAAUAAGGUGUCUAUUGGCAAGAGAUCAGGCUGGAUCUUUAUCAGCGAAGAUCAUGGUGACACUAGCUUGAGUGUGCUGAGCAACUCGAGUGUUUUAAGUCAAGAUUCUGCUUUUGGCAGUCGACCAGCUUCAGCUCAUUCUACCUUACAUUACCAUGAAUUCGAAGAGAAACGGGGUGGUUGGGGUACUGUAGGUGGUGAUGUAGUAGGGGGUAGGGUAGGGUGUGAUAAUGGAGGACAUAUUGAAGGUUAUAGUAGUGUUAAAUGUGGCACUGUAGCUGAUAGUACUGGCAGAAAUGGUACUGAAGUUGAUAUUACUCGCAGAUACGGUACUAAAGUUGAUGUUACAGUAAAUCCAUCUAUAAAAAACAAUAUUGCCUCAGAUAGUUGUGUUGAAAUAAGUGGACUACAUGACCACAGUGACGUAUCUCAAACUGGUACAAGUUUAGAAGCUAGUACUAGAGACGCCAAAUACAGUAUUAUAAGUGUAAAGCAUAGUACUGGUAAGCGGUCAAAGUCAGCUGACCAUAUUUACAUUAUCUUGGAUAGUACUUUAAGUCUAGCAAGGCAUAAGUCCACUGUAGAUGAUACAAGGUCUGCUAUAGUAAAUUUGAGUCCUACUUUAGAGAUUUUAUGUCCUACAGCAGGUACUUUAAGUCCUACUGUAGAUAUUACAAGUUUUUUUGUAGGUACUUUAAGUCCUACAGUAGAUCAUUCAGCUGCCCACAGUAGUACUUUUGACACUUUUGAUGACAGCUUUAGUAGCCCAAAUGAUAGUAUAGAAGAUCAAAAACUAAAUAUCAAAGUUGAAAAUGCAAAAAAUUUGAGUUAUAAUAGAGAUAUUGAUAGUAAAAACCGCCCUUAUAAUUACUAUGAGCUUGAUAAACUGCCUGAAUACGACGAAUUUGAAGCAAAGGUAUAUUGUAGUAGAUACAGGGCUCUGUGAUUUAAAAAAAAAUUUUAUCAGGUUUUUAUAAUCUUGUUCAUAUAAUUCUGUGCCCUCAAACUCCAAAAAUUGGUUUUGAGAAGGGGCACGAAAUUUUUUGAACAAUUUACAAAAAUUAAAAAAAAUUUUUUGGUAAAAUACGGAUUGUCAAAAUUUUUAAAGCAUAAUUAAAAAAAAAUGUCAAAAUAAAAACCAUACUGUAAUGUAAAAGAAAGAAAAGCUAAAUUAAUAUUUUCAGCUAAAACAAAUAACCACUGCUCAUACGUUCGCAUCGACCAAUCCAGCACAUUAUCCUCAACAACGAAGUGUUGUGCAUGCAGAAUGUAACGGUAGGUACCCUUGAUUGAACGCAUGACAAGAAUCUUUACAAAUUAAAAAAUGGCAAAGACUUUCUUUACAAGACAAAAAAUGUCAAAAACUUUCCUUACAAACAAAAUUAGCAAGAAAUUUCUUUACAAAAGAAAAAAUGGCAAGAACUUUCUUUACAAAACAAGGAAUGGCAAGGACUUUCUUUACAAAACAAAAAAUGGCAAGAACUUUAUUUACAAACCUAAGAAUAGAAAGAACUUUCUUUACAAGGUAAUAAAUGGCAAAAAGCAAAAAGUAGCCAGAACUUUCUUUACAAAACUUCGAGUAGUAAAGAUUAAUUCGCAAAACGUCAUUUCAUGCCCAUUUCAGUUUGAGUCAUUUGUUUUAGAGGAACGUUUAUAGUUUUGUUUAUUUUACUCUUUUCCAUACGUUUUUAAGGUAAAAACCGUCGGCUGUUUUGAUGGAAUCUUUUCUCAGGAUCAGAUGGCUGUUUUUGUCAUGAAAAACAGAAUUUUAAAUUGUUUUUCGUAUUUUUUUUUUGGUCUGUACUAUAAUAUUCUCUUUGACGUGCGGUAGAAAAAUUUUUUUAAAAAUGUAAAAUACGUUAAUUUUAAAUUAAGUUGUAUAUUUUUUUUCUUUCUUUUGCUUCGUAAAGAAAGCUAUACCGUUUUUUCUCUGUAAAGAACGUUUUUGCUAAAUUUUGUACUGUAUAGAAAGUUAUUGUCAAGUUAUGUUUUUAAAGAAAGUUUUAGCUAUUUUAUAUUCUGUAACAAAAGUUUUUGCCGUUUUUGUCUUCUGUUGAACGUUUUUGCUAUUUUUAGUUUUGUAAAGAAAGUUCUUGUUAUUUAUUGUCUUGUAAAGAAAGUUAUUGCUAUUUUUAGUUUUGUAAAGAAAGCUCUUGCCGUUUUUCGUUUUUUAACGAAAGUGCUUGCUAUUUCUUUUAGUUGUAAAAAAAAGUUAUUGCACUCAUACUUUAACAAAAUUAUUUGUUUGGUGCUUGCUGCGCAGCCUGCUAGUGACAAUUUAUACGAUGAAUACUGUUUUUUCUUAAUAAUGAAAUUUUUUUACAUUUAAAAAAAAAUUAAAAAAAAAAGAUCACAAACAAAAUUUAAAAUAAUUUUUUUUGAAAAAAUGUAAAAUACGAUUGUUUUUCGUCUGUUUGGCAAACUAUCAUAAGUAUAACUUCUACAUAUAAUCUCAAACGUCCGAAACUUUUGCAAAAUAUGUAUUAUGUUCUUCCUUUAUUUGUUUUUUCACCUUUUUACACAAAAAAGACGUCGAAACAAAAAACAACUUCUGGACGUAUACAAAACCAAAAAAUUAUACGUGAAUUUCUCGUUGUUGAAUACGUGGUAAUAUAUGCUUGCAUACACAGUACAAAAAUGCGUAUUAUACUGGUUUUUGUUAUCUUAUGGUGAUUUUAGAUUUUGUAAAGAAAGUUUUUGCUAUUUUUUGUUUUGUAAAGAAAGUUCUUUCUAUAUUUUGAUUUGUAAAGAAAGUUUUUGCCUUUUUUCAUUUAGAAAGAUUUUUUUCGCCAUUUUCUGUUUUGUAAAGAAAGUUUUUGCAAAAUCUUCUUUACGUCACUUUUUUGACAAUUUUUCUCCUAAAUCAUCAAAAUUUCAAAAAUUCUUCAAAUUCCAGCUUUUUCUUGAUAUUUCAUAACCAAAAGUGUUUUUUUUUUCUCCGAAGAGUUCUUAACUCCUUAUCAAUAUUUGCAUUGGGCGAGAGUCAGCUGCCGAUCCAUUUUUGGCGGGGUUUUCGGAAUUUAUUGAGUAUUAAAAAUAUUAGAAUAGGUUUGUUUACUUUUCAAUGUGGUUUCGUUAAAUUCUUUUUUUUAUUGAUUGUAAGAAAAGUUUUUGAAGGAUUUUUCGGUUGUAAAAUACGGGUGUUGACGAUGGGCGAAUUUAAAGAAUGAUUUUUUGGCGUUGAAGCGAGCGGUGACUUAGAAAAAAUAGAACUUAAAAAAAUGGCAAGAACUUUCUUUACAAGACAAAAAAUAUUUCAAUAACUUUCUUUACAAAACAGAGAAUGGCAAGAACUUUCUUUACAAAACAAAAAAUGGCAAGAACUGUCUUUGCAAAACCAAAAAUGGCAGGAACUUUCUUUCCAAUACAAGAAUUUUGAAAACUUCUUUUUCAGAUUCAAAAAAGACAAGGAAUUUUCCUACAGAUUGCAAAAUAGCAAGAACAUACUUUACAAAAAACAAAAUUUCGAUUGAAAAAUAACUAAUCUCCUUGAAGGUUUUUUUUGAUAAAUACGUUUUGACCAGUGUUUGACACAUCAUAGCAACCCAUUUUUGGUUGAUUAGUAUUCAAUGUUGCUACAAAGCGCUAAACUUUUUUACUUUAAUUGAAAUUUUGUUUUGUAAAGAAAGUUCUUGCCAUUUUUUGUUUUGGAAAGAAAGUUAUAGCCAUUUUUAAGCAUUUAAAAAUUUUUCAUUUCAUUUCCCGUUAUGUAAAGAAAGUUUUUACCUUGUUUCAAUUUAGAAACGUAGUUUUUAAAAUUUCUUGUAUUGGAAAGAAAGUUCUUGUCAUUUUUGCUUUUGUAAAGAAAGUUAAAGCAAUUUCUGUGUUUUGUGGCUAGUGAUUUUGAAAUCUCAGAUUAGUGGGCGAAGGUUUGUAUGGCUUAUCGGAGUAUAAAUUUUAAAAUUUAUUGUUGGUGUGCGUUAGUUUGAAGAACAGAUCUGCAAAGAAAGUUCUUGCCACUUUUGAUUUUGUAAAAAAAGUUUCUGCCAUUUUUUUUUUUGUAAAGAAAGUUCUUGCCAUUUUUGAUAUUGUAAACUAACUUUUUGUAAUUUUUUGUUUUGUAAAUAAAGUUUUUGCCAUUUUUGUUUUGUAAACAAAGUUUUUGCUAUUUAUUACCUUGUGAAGAAAGUUCUUGCCAUUUUUUGGUUUUGUUAACAAAGUAUUUUCUAUUUUAAAUCAAAUUUGUCAUUUUUCUCUACUAAGACUUUAUCAUUUCAGAUAAUGAUCACUCCGAGCACGGUGCUCACGUUUCGACAGUAUUAAGAUCAGUGCAAACGCCGUUGGGGGAGAUUGGAUCAGACAUGAUAGAACAUACGCAGUUCCCAGUAUACGCCCAGAAAUCGUAUUUUACCACGGAUAUUGGACGGACCUACAAAGUUUAUGACAAAGAACCUUAUAAACAAGAAGCUAUUGUAUAUGGUGACAAGUUUGGAAAAGAUGUUAUUAAUGUCAAACCGGUAAGAGAUUUUGUCAAAUUAGAGGUCUGGAAAGAAAGUUUUUGCCAUUUGUUGUAGUGGAAAGGAAGUUUUAGUCAGUUUUUAGUUUGGAAAAAAGUUCUUGCCAUUUUUAACCGAUAUGAUCGUUUUUUUGCCUCUGCGGUCUGCGGGUGACAAGUUAUACGACGGAUGGCAUUUUUGGGGAUUUUAUGUUUUGUAAAGAAAGUUCUUGCUCUUUUUAGUUUUGUAAAAAAAGUUUUUGUUAUUUGUUGUUCUGUAAAGAAAGUUUUUGCCAUUUUUUGCUUUGUAAAGAAAGUUCUUGCUAUUUUUAGGUUUGUAAAAAAAGUUUUUCCCAUUUUUCCUUUCCUAGUCAAAACCCUGCCAUUUUCAGUUAAAAUCAUCUUACGAAUCCAGAAUCUCGACCACCCGUUCAGCCAACGUUCCAGUAGGCUUGAGACGGAUCGAAAGCCCAAAACCAGCUGCCCCAAGUCCUACAUUAUACCAAAUUAUUUCGUCUCAAACCAGCUUCGAGCCGAGUGCUUUGAAAACAUUGGAUGAGAAAGGAAAACAAAAAUUGGAGCAAACUAUGACCUCUACUGCUACUGUAACUCACUCCAAGACUACUGUACAUCAUCACAAAAAUGGAAAAAGUGAGGAAUGAUAGGAUAGAUAAUGUUAAUAUAGCUUGUUUAAGGCCAAUAUAUUGGCUUGUGAUGUCAUUUUACAAUAUAUAUUUGAAAAUACUUUAGGCUCUCUAAAAGCGAAAGAAUCACCUGCCCAAAAAGAUCACACCGCCACCAUUUUCGAGCGUUUCGAAGAGCAGAAACGUCGGAAUGAAGAAGCCAAAAGUCAACAGAAUUUACACAAAACUUACGGAAUGGACAACGGAUUCGACAAAAAGUAAGAUUUUCAAGUUUUUGAAAUUAAAUUUAAAAUAAAUUUAAAAACUAAAAGGGUAAUCAAGGUAAAAUACGUCCGUCUUACUGUUUCUAAGUCUAUAUUUUUGUAAAAUGUGUUUACUGUAACAAAAGCACGCUAAACUUAUAGUAAACUCGGCUACACCAGCCUGGUCGGAUAGAGCCGGGAAGGGUAGGGUAGAGUAGGGUAGGGUGUAGUAAGGAAGGGUACAUCAAACCUGAGAAGUCGUAUCUUACAUUUUCAAAAAAAAUAAUACCAUUUUUGUAUACCCACGUACUUAUUGCGAAAACACUCGAAAAUGUGUUAAAAAUAUGGACAAAUAACCGUUAUACCCGGGUAUACCCGUCCCUUUUACGUCAACUUUUUUUUGCAUUUUAGACUUUGCUUUUAUGGAUUUUAAACUUAGUUUUCCUUAUGUACGAAACAAUGCAUAAGAAAAUUAAAAAAUUUUUUUUGUGAUACUAUAGAAAAUGUAGAUUUAAAAAAUUUUCUGUUUGUUCGAAUUGUUAAGAAUUUCAAAAAAGGGGUAUCUGGUUCAUGAUUUAUUAAAAAUUUUUUGAUAGAGAAUUAGCUACUAAUAAUGAAAAUGAAAAUUGAAAUUUUUUAAGAUUAUACAAUUUUUAACUUUAUCCUUUUGUUUAUAUAACCAAAAUGAGUAAGAGAAACGUCUUUUGGUAUUAGAACUCUUACUCAUAAAUAGGAAUGAAGGAGGAGGGAGCGGUGAGAAGGGAGAGGGGUAACAUGGGAUAAAUUUACCCCUUCCCUACCCUUUUUCAGAGCUAGAAAUUUUUUUAAAAAAUUCUGCACAAGUACAUAGCUAGCUGCCACUGGAAAAAAAAUUUUUUUGUUUUUAUUUUUUUGUUUUUCCCAACUCUGUAGCGACGUCCCUGUUACAGUGAUAUACGUGAUUUAUCUUUUUUUGGUAAUAGUUUAGUAAGAAGGCACUUUUAAGAAAGGUUUAACGUUUAAAAUGUUGUUUGGGGGAGAGGGGUGAACUUUUUGAUUUUUUUUAAUAUCAAGGUGAAUGGGGGGGGGGGGGAAUGAAUUAUAAAAAACUUUUUAAUUUAUGGUUAUGAAAGUAAACUAUGCAAGAGUAUAUCCCUUAGGUCCUAUCACUAUGCAAGAGUAUACCCCUUAGGUCCCAUCACAAAAACUAACAGCAUUUAAUUCUCGCACCAGUGUCUAACUCUGAGUAAGGUAUGUUAGAGUAGGCUUUCUCCUCUCUACUUCACCCUAUAGAAAAACUGGAACACUUUAAAAUUCUGCCGGUGUUUCUUUCAUCUAUUGUGAAAUUACAAAAUUAUAAAAUUUUGAAAUUCCUUGUAUUGUUAAGUGUCACAGAACAAAUACAUUAUUAUCAUUUCUUCAAUUACUCUACGAAUUUUGUUUGAAUUUGAUAAAAAUAUUUUUUCGUUUUAUUUUUGAACUAAAAAUAUUUUUGGCUAAAAUUUGUUAACUAUGGCUAAACGUAGUAAAAAGAUUAAGCAAAAUUAUAUCUUGGCAGCUGUUGCUUGUUACUUACAAGACUUUGCUAUCUCAAGGUAAAUUUUUAACUUUUUGAGGUUUUAUCAGUGAUGGGCAGGGUGAUUUUGGCUAUAUUUUGCGUGUUUUGAUGACUUUUAAAAUUUUUUGAAUUUAAGUUUGAAAAAAACAGGGUUGAUUUAUAUAUAUGAAUGUUCUGGAAUCGAUUAUAAGGUCUCCAUGCGUUCAAAACUGUCUAGAUCUUCUGGAAGACAUUGUUCUUCCAGAUAAAGAUGAGUAAGUUUCCAAAGUUUUUAAUUGAAAAAAUGGUAGUACGGUAGGGUAGGGUAAAGCUGCGUAGGUUCUAAAAAACAGAGCAGCAUUUUAAAGGUCAGGUUAGAUUUUAAAAGAUAAGGGUAUUUUUGAAAAGAGCGUGGUGCAGUAGAGUAGGGUAGAAGAAAGCAGGGUAGGGUAUAGUAAGUGUAGGGCAAGGUUGAGAAAAGUUAGGGUAGAACAAAGUAGUAUAUGAUGAAGUAAAGCUAGGGUAGAUCAUGGGUAAGAUAGAGCUAGGCAUGAGGAACGUGUCAGGCUGGAGUUGACCCAAAUUUAGGUCGAGCCGGGGCCUGUAAAUCAAAGCCAUGCUCGGUCCGUUUUUUAUGCCUAGGGUAGAGCAGGGUAUAUAUGUUAUAUAUGUUGUAUAUGAUAUGGCAGAGUAGGUUAGGAUAGGGUAGGGUAGGGCAUGUGAAUCUUUUAAAAAAUCAGUUAUAAAAGCGAAUUUUUUAUAUUUUCUAAUCCAAAUAAAAUUCGUAUUUUACAAAAAGUAGGACACCAUAUCUAGUACACCUUGACAUUAAGCUUGAUGUCUACAAAUUAAAAAAAAAUUAAUUUUUAAAACCAAAAAAAAUCAAAAACAAAAAAUAUUGUUUAUGCCCGGUAACCCAAUCCCGUUCCAGAGACUCUCAAGUGCAUAAUCAAGGCCGGGCUUACGAGCGGGUUCAAGAGAACUACGAGAAGGAUGGUCGACAACACCAUGUGAUGUACGAACGAUCCGUCAGUGAGUACCAUUCCAGUAGUCCAAUUCGGAAAGGUUACACUAGGGAGAACGUGGAUGAUGGCUAUACGGAGCAUGUGCCUCGGGGCUUGACUAGAUACAAUGAUGGGAGGGGGUAUGGGAAGUAUGAUGAUUGUAAGUUUUUUUAAUUUCUCCAAGGAGGGGGAGUGUACUAAAAAAAGGAUUUUUUGGGCAGGGUAAACUAAAUUUUUUUGCGCGGGGUAAAAAAAUUUUUUUGAGCGGGACAAAAAAAUAAAAAAAAGGGGGUAAAAAAAUUGUUGCAAAUAGGUUCAAAAAGCAAAACGAAAAAAAAAAUUUUUUAAAAAAUUCUGGCAAGGUAAAAAAUUUUUUUUGGGGUGGGUGAAAAAAAAAAUUUUUUUUAAAGAUUUUAAAAAUAAAAUGAAAUUGAAAAAAAAAAUAAUUUACUACUAUAUUUCUAGCCAACCAAUACGACUACCUAACCACAAGGUCCCGAACUCAACCCACCACACCCCCUCGAACCUCACCUUCGGCCGGUCGUCGCAUAAUAAAAAAAGAACAUAUUGUGGAAGAAGAGCAUUACCGUCGGGUGUACGGAGGAAAACGUACUGGUGCUGAAGUUCAACCUUAUCACACUUCGAACAUUUCGAACUUGAAGGCUUCUGAAGGUCGUCACAGUAGUGCACCACCUAGUGGUGGGCUUACUGUGGACGUUAGUGGUAAUGAAGGUGGUACUGAACUUGGACGUCAAGUCGGUACUGAAUUUGGUAUUCACAGUGGUACUGGUUAUGGUGCUCAAAGUGGUACUGAAAUUGGUCGCCAAAGUGGUACUACUCAGUUCUCCAAGGAUUCUGAAUUCAGAAGAGAUCCACCAACACCGCUACGUCAAAUCGACUACGAAACAUAUCGUGACGAAGUCAGAAGGCUGAAAGAGGAAGCCAAUCGUCAAAAAUCUUCAAAGAUUUCUACCGAGCCAGCUGUAGUCAAUAUCGGCAGUCCUGGUGGCAUAACAAGUCCAGUUGUCAAUCUAGGUAGACCAUCUAGUGUAGACGCAGCCAAAGCCGUUCUCACCGGGAUUCACGUGUCCCCACGGACGGAUUCUGGAGUCUACUCGGCUUCAAGAACCGAGAUUUCGUCUACUAGACCUAGAAGCCAAGCUGGUACUGUUUUUGGUACUGAUGGUAGAAGUAGUGCUCUCUUGGACCAAAAUGCCAGAUCAAGCCCUAUUUUCGGCCGCGGAAGCCCUAAUUUGAAUAUUGAUGCUCAUGCUAGUCCAGCCUUCAAAGAACGACCAGACUUCAGUACCAGACGCAAGUCCGACGAAACUGUCGCAGUUAUAACAUCAUCAGGCAAGUACGUCACAGCUACAACAUCACCAAUACCUAAAGGCGACUAUGGUGGUGCUACUGUUGGUGGUUACGGUAUAUCUUCAAAAGAAGGUUAUGGGAGCGCUGCUAAAGGUGAUUACGGUACGUCCACAGUACGUGAUGCUACAAAGCCAAAAGUAAAAUAUUUUACAUCGACCAAGGAAACUCAUGAACAAUACAUUCGGCGUACUCCUGGCUUUGUUAGUCCAGUACGAGGUCAGCAGUAUGAACAAAAUGUUGGGCGAGACCAACAUGGUACUGAAUAUGAGCAUACUAAGACUCGCGGCCAAGAAUUUGAUAGUUUUAGGCCCAAAAGCUUUGGUUCUGCUCAAGGUAAGUACUAUGUUUAGGUAAUAUUAUCUACAAGGCUAGGGCUAGAGCUAGUUAUAGGUCUCUAGGUUCGGUUUGAGGCUAGGGCUAAGGUUUUAAAAAAGACUAAAUAAACAUAAAACACUUGCAGACCCAGCUCAUCCAGAACAUGUAGUAGAGCAAUUCCGUGAGAAAAUCGAAAUCCUAAAACAAUCAAAGCGCUUUAAAGAAUAUGGUGGCGGAUCUCAAGGUGCAUCUCCAGCACCCCGAAGCUCAUCAGCCGACACUCACAGAGGCCACGAAGAAACUUUCAGUCCAUUACCGGUCUAUUCAGAAGGUUCAACCAAUUUCCCGUCGAGACAAAGCGAUUAUGAUCAACAUUAUCGGUAGGCUAGGCUAUAUUUUUGAGGUUUUAGGGUUGUUAUUUGGCAUGUAAACAAAGUUAACGCUAUUUUCUGUUAAACUUUUUUUUCAAUGGAGUUGGAGUGUUUGGCGUAUUUUAACAAAAUUUGCAAAAAAAACUUAAACACGGAAAAAAGGAAAAAUUUGACGUUUCCUUCAAAAUUUUUAGAUUUCAAAAUAAAGUGUUACCUAAAAUAACAUUAAUUUCUUAUUACUAGUCUCUUUUCUAUAUUGUGACAACGUUUCAAAUCAUUUCAAGCCCUGUAAACGAAGUUAUACCCAAUUACCUCCAACCGGAUUCGAACCCGGCUGGAAAAAAUAAAGUAUUUCGCUCAUUUGGCGCACUUUUUCGCCAAAAAAUGGGCCAAAAAUAUAUCAUCCUUGAUAAAUUAUAAGGUUUUUGGGGUUCUUCUUUUAGUUUCUUUGUUUUAUUUCUAAUAAUUUUUGUUUUAAUUAACAGUAGAUGUAUUUUUAACUUCAGAUAAUAUGGUUUUCAAUGAUUUUUGUUGAUUUUUAUAAUGAAAACGGCUAAAAGAACAUAGUUAAAGUAGCUUUUACUUUACUUUUAGCUAUAUUUAAGGGAUUUUUAGUUUUAUUUAGCUUUAGUAUUGCUUGUAGUUCUUUAAUUUUGCCAAAUUGGCAUAUAGAUCAAGCUUAAUAUUUUUAGGUAACAAAUUUUUAAAAAUUCUGUAUUUUUAGGUAAAAAGUUGUGUUUUAAGAGUUUAAUAUUUUAUGGUAACAAAAUUUUAUAAUUUCCAGCAUUUUAGGUAACAAAAUAAUGUAAUUUGAUUAUUUUAGCUCCGAAGUUGAAGAAAGAGAAACCUUCGAAAAGGACGAUUCUCCGUUAGCAUCUUCUACUCCAACUCCCUUCAAAUCCAGUCGAUAUACUGGUGUUUUGAAGAAGGAAUAUAAACAAGAAAUCAUUACCGAAAAGCUUGAGCACAAACCAGCACCAGCAAUCCGACAGGCCAAACAGGAGAUAAGGGAUGUUGUUGUACCUCAUGUUGCUCAAGGUAAGAUCUCCCUUUCAUUAUUUUUUUUUAAAUUUUAGACUUUUUUUGGUGGUUUAGUUCAAAAUGAAUACUUUAAGAAAACUUUUCAAGCUUGAAUUGAAAUUCUUAAAACUUUUAGACCGCCCAUCUCACGAAAACCUGGUAGAAACCGUGGUGGCCAGCUACACGGAACGCGUGGAGAAAGUGAGCGCACCGGCGGAUGAGCUGGUCGAGUCGGAGGAAGUGGGCCGGGACCUCGAGUUGGUGGUGAGGUCAGAGAGCGGUCAUGCUCGUGAGCUGCACGACGAGGUCGAGGAGGUAGUUGAAGAGAGGGAGGAACAACAGAUUGGUGUUGAGCUGGUUGAGAGUGAAGAAAUCGCUGCGCCUUCUGAAGGCGAAGCUCACAAAUUGAGUAUUGCUGAAACGAUUGUUGAAGAAGAUGAAGAGAGAACAGAGUUCUGGGAGAGAGAAGAGAGAAAAAGAGUAGAGAGAGAAGAAAGAGUUAGGUUGGAGAGAGAGCGCAGAGAAAGAGAGGAAACUCUGAGGCUGGAAAGAUUGAGAAUAGAAAGAGAAGAAAGAUUAAAACAACAAAGAGAAGAAGAUGAAAGAAGACAAAAACAAAUAGAAAAAGAGCAAAAAGAAAUAUAUGAACAAGAACAACGUCUAAAGCAAGAACAAGAACGCCAAGAACGGCUUAGAAUUGAAGAAGAAGAACAUCGUCGAUACCUACUUCAAAUUCAACGUAAAAAAGAAGAAAAACAACGUCUACAACGAGUCAAAGAACAGAGAGAAAGGGAGGAAAAAGAGCGUUUGAGGAAGAUCAAGGAAAAACGAGAGAUCGAGGAGAAGGAGAGGCUGGAGAGAGAGCGAAUGGAAAAGGAAGACUUUGAUCGGUUAGAGAAGAUCAGGUUGGACGUUGAGGAACGUGAUCGUCAAGCACGGUUGAGAGAAGAGAGAGAAAGAAGGGAAGAGAGGGAAGGAAAGGCGAGAGACGAGGGAGAACGGGUGGAGAUAGAACGAGAAGAAAAAGAGAGGUUAGAGAAGGAGAGGCUAGAGAAAGAAAGAAUAGAAAGAGAGAGGUUAGAGAAACAAAGGCUAGAACAAGAGAAAGAGAAACUAGAGAGAGAACGAAAAGAUCAAGAAGCCAAAGAGAAAGAAGAAAAAGAGGAAGAAGAGCGUGUCUACCUCGACCGUCUCCGUCAUGACAUACAGUACGAGGAGGAGCUCGAGAUGGAGAUUAGGCGCCGCCGCCGCCGACCCGCCGCUCAUCUCAACGAAAUGUACGCGGAAGAACAGUUGAGCAUCGUGGAUGAAGAGGACGAGGAACGAGCCGACAGCCCUGAAUUGGUAGGUUUUUUAGUGAAAGGUGGUGCUGAUGGUACCAUUGACAUUAACAGGAAAUGAUAUUACUAUAGUACAGUAAAAUUAAAAUGAGAAAAAAGUUGUUUAAGGGGGGGAAAGGGGCGUGGUGACAGUAUUUUUGAAUUAGUGAGGUUAGGGUAAGGCUUGAUUAUUGGUACUAUAGGGUAGGGCAGGGUAGAGUAGAGUAAGGUAGGAUAGGGUAAGGUAAGGAAAAGUAAAGUAGAGAAGGCUAGACUGGACUAACAACUUUUUUUCAAAUCUAAAAUUUCCAAUUUAGCGCACUGACGAAACCGUAACAACUACAGUAACCCAGCACAUUUCUCCCAAACGUUUCACGGAACGACAAUACGAAACCAUAACCAAAUAUAGUUAUCUGGCACAUCUUGUCGAACCUUAUAGUGGACCGUUGGACAUAAUGAGAAGAAACCAUGAGAUUCCACCGAUUGAAUUCGAAGCAAUCCGACCGGUCGAAAGAGAAGCCAGAAAGAGGAGGAAUAGUGAUGAGACGAGGUUUGAGGAGACUGUGACUAGCAUCAAUACGGUAAGGUGGGAGUAGUGAAUAUCGUUUUGGUAAGCUAGGGUAGGAUAGGGUAGAUUAGGGUAAGCUAGGGUACGAUAGGUUAGGGUAAGGUAGGAUAGGGUAAGGUAUGGUAAGACAAGGCAAAUUAGGAUUGGGUAAAGCAGAGUAGGAUAGGGUAAGGGGGUGGAUUUACUUCUCCAUCAGAACCGUUCCGCGGUAGUACUGUAACUUUUAGUGGGCACGGUGUUCUAAUUGAUGAUAGGGGGUACUAAACAUCAAAAAAUGUUUUUAAAUUUAGAAUUUUGAUCAAAAAUAUUAAAGGUUUAAGUUUUUUAAAAAAGAUCUUUUAUGACACGUUUAGGUAACAUCACGCAGACGAGAACCGUCAGCUCCACCACCUUCUGAAUACACACGAAGGCGCUUUGAAGAGUCUCAGGAAGAUUUCGAUCAGCGAAUUGAAGUGGGUUUUGUUUUUGAAAUUUUAAAAUUUCAAAUAAUUUCAAAAAUUUUUAAAAAAAAUUUAAUUUUAAAAAAAUUUUUAAAAUUCAAAAUCUUAAAAAAUUUGAACUUUUAAAAAAAAUAUUUUAAAAAAUUCAAAAAAUUUGAAAAAUCUGAAGAACAAACGUCUAAAACUGACUAAUAAAUCACCUUCAAACCCGAGUUUCAAUUACUGUACGGUAAUUAUGAGUCGCAGUCGAUUUGUAUUAUAUUCCAAACGAUUUGACGCAAAUCCGAUUUGCAUUUAAAUUAAGUUUUGAGUGAACAACGAUUACUAAAUGGCCUCCGUUUAUUAUUGUUUAGAGCAUUCAGUACGCGGAAUCAGUGGUUUGGAGAGUAGGGUGAUAGUAGUGUGAUUUUGAUAUGUUAGACAUAUCAUAUUAUUUUCUAAUAUGUUAUAUAUAUGUGAUUACGGAGAAGGACCUUUGUAAAGAGUAGAACCUGUUUAUAACGAACAGAUUGUGGUUUCAACAGAGCCGGACGGUGACUUUUGGUCUGAGGGCGAGGGUCGAAAAAGAUCCACAGAAUCCAAAGGGACCACGUUCAACUUUUUUCGAACAUUUUUUUCUGAUGGGGGGUGGGGGGUACCCUUCUCCCGGUCCCCAAUCUUCCCUUGCUCUUGGCCCAGUGUUUUAAAAUGUUUUAAUCGUAAAAUUGAAAAAAAACUUUUUUUUUGAAAAAUUAAAAAAAAUUUUAAAAUUUUCAAAAAUUUUGAAAAUUCAAACUAAGCUAGCUAUUUUCAAACUCAACUACCUUAUUUGAACUUCUAUUCAAAUUCGCAUGUCACCUCAUAUUACAAUGUCACGCAUUUUAGGCGGAAUUACGUCAAAGAAUGGCUCAAAUGGAGGAGCGCCAGCGCAGAGACUACGACCCCUACAAGGUAAGCCUUUUAUAAGCCAAUUCUCAACCGCGAGGGGGGUUUUGAUCCGGAAAGUUUUUGCAAAAACUUUUAUUUUGCGAUUUCGAUUUAUUUACAACCGUCAAAUCUAAUCUGUAAUGUUGUCUUUUGUGCGGAAAGGAAGUAAAACCGACAGGAAAGUAAGCCAUUUCUCGAGAUUUUGAAAAAUUUGAUUUUUUUCUUUUUAUAAAUGGAGUUUUAGAUUAUUGAAAAGAUAGAAAAUUCAAAACAUGUUUAUUUUGAUGUUGAAAAAUACUAAACUUACGGGUUUUUAUUAAAAAAUGACACGUUUUUGUACUGGGGGUAAAAUGAUUUGAAAAAUAUGGGUGAUCAAGAAGGUCUGGGAGGAGGGAGGGGCAUUUGUAAGUAAAAAGCCUUUUUGUGCCACAAAUAUCAUUUUUUGUUUUGUAAAGAAAGUUCCCGCCGUUGUAUGCUUUGUAAAGAAAGUUCUUGCCAUUUUUUGUUUUGUAAAGAAAGUUCUUGCCGUUUUUUAUUUUGUAAAGUACGUUUUUGACAUUUUUUAAUUUGUAAAGAAAGUUCUUAUUAUUUUUCGUUUUUUAUAUUCAUAUAAGUACGAAGCUUUUUAACUCAUCGUAUGUUUGUCGCUCUUCUGAGCUGCUUUUACAGUGACUAACUUAUUGCAAACGUAUCACUUGCACUUAAUCUCUCGAAUAAAUACGACCAACAAUAAGGCUUAGCACACGACUAAACGUUUAAACAGAGAUUCGUAAAAUAUUUGCACUAAAAAAUGGAAAGAACUUUCCUUACAAAACAAAAAAUGGCAAGAACUUUCUUUAGAAAACGAAAAAUGGCAAGGACUUUCUUUACAAAACAAAACAUUGCAAGAACUUUCUUUACAAAACAAAAAUGGCAAGAACUUUUUUUAAAAAAUGGCAAGAACUUUCUUUAAAAAAUGAAAAAAUGGCAAGAACUUUCUUUACAAACAGAAAAGUGGCAAGAAGUUUCUUCACAAAACUAAACAUGGCAAGAACUUUCUUUACAAAACAAAAAUGGCAAGAAAUUUUUUACAAAAUGAAAAAUAGGGGGAGGGUACCUUAAAAUACGACCAAAACUGACAUGUCAACCCAACCUAAACCAAUAAUCCAAUUAUUUUUGUUUGUUUCCGGUCCGUAACCAUGAUUUACCAUGUUUGUCAUGUUUGUUUUUUCUGACCUUUGGUAAUUAUCCAGAGCGAAACUCGUUUCGAAUGGUUAAAUACCCUUUCCUCAAGAUGAAUUUUGAGUUUUCUGAUUGUAAAAGAUGUUUUUUGUUACAUUUUCAAUUUGUUAUACAAUUUUUAAAAUUAAAACUUUUACAUUAGAGUUAUCUGGUCUGUAAGCAAAGUUUUGGCUAUUUUUUUGAUUUGUAAAAGAAGUUCCUGCCAUUUUUUGUUUUGUAAAGAAAGUUUUUGUCAAUUGUAUGGCCAAAAAAUAACUUUUUGAGUUUCGCAGCCUGCGGAGGACAAGUUAUACGAUGGUAGGCAAAUUAUGAAUAUUUUGAAUUUUGUAAAGAAAGUUAUUGCAAUUUUUUCUUUUGUAAAGAAAGUUUUUGCCAUAUUUUGUUUUGUAAAGAAAGUUACUGCCAUUUUUUGUUUUGUAAAAAAAGUUUUUGCCAUUUUUUGUCUUUCAACAAAAAAUCAGGCUUAUCUUUUCAUUGUAAACAAAGUUGUUGCGGUUUUUAUGCAAAAUCAUAAAAGUUGAGAGUUAUGCAGGCUGCGAGUGACAAGUUAUACGGUAAAUAAAGUUUUUAUAAAUAUUUGAUUUGUAAAGAAGUUUUUGCAACUUUUCACUUUGUUAACAAUUUUGUCACUUUUUGUAACUCUUCCGUCUACCUUAACAUGAUUCAUAUAAAUAGGAAAAGGUAUGUACUAAAUGGGUGUGCCUUUGGUGGAAUGUUGUUUACCAAACAUGAUGACAAUCAGUUUGUGAGGAGAAGUCAUUAAGCGUCGCCUCAAAACGUUCUUAUCAGUCGUUUCGCUAGCGUUUUAUUACCUUCAACUGGGCUUGAAGGGCUUGGGGUUGUAAAAAAUUGUAGGGUAGGGUAUAGAAUUGUAAAAUACGAGUUUUUUCUUUUGACAUUAAUUACGUUCCUGUUAGAUUUAGUCUUAAAGGAUUAUUCUUGUCUUUACAAAACAAAAAAUAGCAGGAACUUUCUUUAAAAAACAAAAAAUGGCAAGAAUUUUCUUUACAAAACGAAAAAUGGCAAGAACUUUCUUUACAAAAGUUAAAAUGGCAAGUAUUUUCUUUACAAAACAAAAAUUGACAAAAACUUUCUUUACAAAACUCAAAUGACUCUUCCAUCCAUAAAACAAUGUCUUUAGUAUCUUCCUUCCAUAAUAGGUACGGUUUGACUCAUAAUAUACAGUAACAAUCAACCAAAAAAACUGCAUUUUUCCGGCGGUUUUCUUUGAUAAAAAGCGGUUGAAUAGAGGCGGGGAUGGCUUCAAUUACAAUUAUUUGUUUGUUCGAUAAGGGAAUGAUCAAGAAUUUUAAUUCCAGUUCGAUUCGCUCCAUUCGAAGACCCACACAGCGACGCAGCCGGCUUCCACUAACGAGUUGAAGUACCCAAUCAGCGAGCCGUCUUCAAAGUAGGUUGAUGAUGAUAAAAGAGAGGGUUGAUAAGUGAUUAUUAAGCGGCAUGGGUAGAGACGUUUAAUUAAGGAAUCGGCAGGGACGUUGCUGGAGACACAGAUUUUUGGUUUUGUGAGGGAGAAGGGGGGGGUGUAUUUGAGUUUUGCAGGCUGCGGGUGACAAGUUAUACGAUAAAGAUCGUUUUUUGAUUUUUAUGGUUGUAAAAAAAGUUCUUGUCAUUUUUUGUUUUGUAAACAAAUUUCAUGCCAUAUUAUGUUUUGUAAAGAAAGUUUUUGUCAUUUUUGUUUUGUAAAGAAAGUUUCUGCUAUUUUCCGUUUUGUAAAGAAAAUUCUUGCCAUUUUUUGUUUUGUAAAGAAAGUUUUUGCCAUUUUUUGUUUUGUAUAGAAAGUUCUUGCCAUUUUUAAAAAAUUGAAAAUUCCAAACCCCCCCCGUCCUCCCUGAAAACAUGUUCGAAGCCGGCUGAUCGUAUCUUAUCCAUGGUUUAAAGGGCAUUCGGAUUAUGUUCUGAACGGGGCGCCAGCCUUUUGUAUAAUAUCAAACGUUUCGGGUCAUUGUAAACAACACCAGCGCGCUUAAGACUGUUUGCCUCCGGGUUUAACUCAUAUCGAUGUAUAUUUUACUUUACUUGACGGAGCCAGGAAAUGAAAAAUUUUUAUUUUUAUGGGUGGGGUAGAUUCGGAAUUUUUAUUUUUUUUUGAGGGAGAGGUGGAUUUGAAAUAUUUUUUGGGGGGUGGGGGGGGAGGGGGUAGAUUUAACAUUUUUGGAGGGGAAGGGGAUCUGUACGACGUUUUAAAUUUUUUUUUAAUGGCAAGAACUUUCUUUACAAACCAAAAAAUGGCAAGAACUUUCUUUACAAAACAAAAAAUGGCCGGAACUUUAUUUACAAACCCAAAAAUGACAAAAACUUUCUUUACAAACCCAAAAAUGGCAAAAACUUUCUUUACAAAUCAAAAUACCGCAAAUUUAAGCUAAAGAACACAGACAACUUAGAGGCGGUAAAGAAAAACGAUCAAUGCAAAACGAAAUAGUAUUAAAAUAGAAAAGACCUCAAAGACAACAAAAUAAAUAGGCUUAUAAAAAGGGUUUCAAGGCUAAAGAAAGGAUGUAACUUGAGCUGUUGAAGAGCUUGUUGAUUCCACAAAAAAUGCGCAUUGUUUACCCUUAGGGUUGUAUUGAUCAAAUUUUUGAUUUGUGUUUGAAUACCAAACGUUUUUUUUUCUUGCUCACGUUGUACGUGAACGUUUGGCCGUGAAUUUUACGGUUUUAGUAAUUUAGAGGCAACUUUUUAGGCGAUUUUUUGGCAUUUUAUAAAUUUUGAUGUUAUAAAGGCAAGAAAUUUCUUUACAAAAAGUAAAAUGGCAAAAACUUUCUUUACAAAGCAAAAAAUGGCAAAAUCUUCCUUUACAAGGUCAAAAUUGACAAGAACUUUCUUUACAAAGCAUGAAAAUUUUAAAAAUGUCAUUUGUUGUAUGAAUUGUCACCCGUAGACUGAAAAUCGAAAAUUUUUGGUGUUUUAAAUAAAAAUGACAAUAGUUUUCCUUACAAAGCAAAAAAUGGCAAGAACGUUUUUAUGAAGCUAAGAAUUGCAAAAACUUUGUUUACAAAACUAAAGAUGACAUUUUCUUUUGACAUUUUGAAAGUUAUUUUAUUUUUUAAAAAUUAUAGUCAAUUACAACAUCAAUUCUUUUAUGACUAAUCAGUAAAUGAUAAUUUAACGGCCAUAAAAGGCCAUUCCAUAACCAACCAUUAGGCCUAAAAUAAGAUAUUUGAACUUUUUUUUCAAAUUCAAAGCUAAAAUAACUAAAACAUGAAAAAUGACCUUUUUCGAUAAAUAAAAACCAAAAAAGGUAUAGUUUUGUAAACAUAUAUAAGCGUAUUGUGGAAACCGCUUCCAACAUUAUAAUGCUUUCUAUUGACGUCGGUGUUCCGCUUACAAUCGAUUUGAAUUUCAGAAUGGAAACCAAAUCAGAAUACCGAAGCACUAUCCAGUCCAGGGCCAACUUGGGCCGGCCUAACCGGGCUUUGUCUCCUCGUAAGUUCUUGAAAUUUUAUUAGGUUGUUCAUUUAAUUUUGGGCCCUGUCUCAAAGAAUAUUUUAUUAAAAAAGAUACUGAUAGGUCUGACAAUUAUUAAUAUUAGUUCGUUUAAAUAAUUAUGUGCCCCUUCUUAAGGCAAAUUAUGGGGAUGAGGUAAGGGGCACAGAAUUAUUUGGAAAACCUAAUAUUUGUAAAAGUUUGCAUAUUAGGGUAGGGCGAAGGGGAGGGUAAGAUCAGUGUUGGAAACAGGGUAGGAUGUCUUGUAGGACAGGGGAGGAUAAGGGUAAGAUUAGGAUAGAACGUAGGGCAUGGUGCCUUGUAGUGAUAAAGAAGAGGGGUACGUACGGCUAUGGCUAAUCACAGAGUGCCUUGUAGGGGAAGGGGGUGUGGUAAGAUCAGGGUUAGGGUUGUAUACAGGGUAGGGGUGUUCUGUACUACAGGGUAGGGCAUAGAAGAUCAUCAAUUCUAUGCCCUGUGUUUAAGCCAGAGGAGGGGGAGGGAUAGAAGUGGUUUAUUAAUAUUUAAUUUGUUCUACCCUACCCUACCCUGAUCGGAUUUACUUACCUUCUUUUACCCUACCUUAAUCUAUCUUACUUUACCCUACCCCAAUUUACCCCACCCUACCUUACCUUACCCUAUUUUUCCCUACCCUACCGUAACCUACUCUAUUUUGGCUUAUCCUACCCUAUCCUAAACUAUCCUCUUCUGUUCUGCUCUACCCUACCUUAACCUCAUAUUAGGUCUACUCUAGCCCUAUUAUAGACCUUGCUCUGAGGGCCUUUCUCACUUUUGGAUUGACAAUCUACUUCUCAAUUAAUCCUCAAUUUCUUUCAGAAGGAGGUUUCGGCUCGAACCGUGUCAUUAAGCUUGUCACUGAGUCUUCAUCGAUUGGAAGUGGUGCUGUAUUCAGUCCAUAUGGCGGCUCCACCGCCGCCUCCACCAUUCGUGACACUCGUGAGCGUGAGAAGAAGGAAAUGUCCGAUCUGAACGACCGUUUAGCCAGCUACAUCGAGAAGGUGCGAUUCCUAGAAGCCCAAAACCGAAAACUGGCUACAGACUUGGAAUUCCUCCGCUCACGUUGGGGUCACGACUCCAGCAGCGUGCGUGACAUGUACGAAGGUGACUUGUCACAGGCAAAGAAAGUCUUGGCCGAAACAGAAAAGUUGAGACGAGAGUUGGCGGACCAACUCCGAGUACUACAAGAUGACAUCCUAGCGUAUCGUCGCAAGUAUGAUGAUGCCGUGAAAGCACGAGAGAUCAACCGUGAGCAACUCGAAGAACUGCUGUUGAGGUUGAGUGCGCUGGAGAGUGAGGUGAACUUGUUGAAGAGACGAAUCGCCAACUUAGAAGGAGAUAUCGCCUCGAUCAAGCGAGAGAACCAAUACCUGAUCAGUGGUCUGCAAAGAGCUCGUGCUGAUUUGGAUCAAGAGACCUUGAACAGGAUUGACAAUCAAAACCAGGCUCAGACCUUGUUGGAGGAGAUUGAGUUCUUGCGACGAGCUCAUGAGAGCGAAAUCAGGGAUCUUCAGGUAAGGCAGGAGAUGAUAAGGUAAAAUACGGAUAACUUACAGUAGAAAAAUUUAGUUAGGGUAAGGUAGGGUAGUGUAGAGUAGGGUAGAGGUGAGUUGAGUAGGGCUGCACAACGUAGGUUAGCGUAACUUACAAUAACAUAACUGCAACUUCAUUUCCAGGCGAUGGCCUCUCGCGACACGACCAGCGAGAACCGUGAAUACUUCAAGAACGAGCUGGCAGCCGCCAUCCGUGAGAUCCGUCAAGAAUACGAUCAACUUACCAAUGGUCAACGCACCGACAUGGAGUCCUGGUACAAACUCAAGGUCCAAGAGAUCCAAACCCAGUCGGCCAGGCAUUCCAUGGAGCAAUCCUAUGCUCACGAAGAGGUCAAACGUCUCCGAGUUCAAGUCAGUGGCCUUCGUGGCAAACUGGCCGACCUGGAGGGCCGAAACACUUUGCUCGAAAAACAAUUGGAAGAGCUGAACUACCAAUUAGAAGAUGAUCAAAGAUCGUACGAAGGAGCCUUGAAUGACCGUGAUACUCAGAUCAGAAAGAUCAGAGAUGAGUGCCAGAUGCUGAUGGUGGAGUUGCAGAUGUUGUUGGACACCAAGCAGACCUUGGACGCGGAAAUCGCGAUCUACAGAAAGAUGUUGGAAGGAGAGGAAGAUCGAGCUGGCUUGAGACAACUGGUCGAACAAGUCUAUCGAACUCAUCAUGUUAAGGAGAGCAAUGAGAGUGGUGAGUUGAUCACUAAUAUUUUAAUUCUUUUGAUUUAAAAAUUUAAAUUUUGAAUAUAAAAGUUCAAAAUUAGUGUUUGUUGUGUACUAUUAGGUUGUUCGUAUAAUUCUGUGCCCCUCUACAUAUGAUAGCACCAAAAAUAAAAAGUAGCACAGUAAGAAAAAAAUGGUAUUAAAAGGUCCCAAAAUUACUAAUAUUACACUGUUCAAUUAAUUCUGUGCCCCUCUAUGUAUGAUAGUACCAAAAAAGAAAAAGUAGCACCAAAAGUAAAAAAUGGUACUAGAAAGUCCCAAAAUGACCAAUAUUAAGCAGUUUAAAUAAUUCUGUGCCCCUCUCAAAGAUAUUUUUUGGAGUUAAGGGGCACAGAAUUAUUUGAACAACCUUAUAUAAGAACGGGAAAAGUAUUGUCGUUUUUCGUUAUCAAAAGCCGUGUAAUUUGACGGCAAGAUUUUUUUGAGGCUUUAUAUUAUGUAAAAUACGCCAUUUCCAUAUCUUGCAUACCAAAAAAUUUUAUUUAAAAGAUUCUUUUUAGAAUCCACCCGCGUCCUGCGCGGAGAAACCUCUUCCCGCCACUCCUACCAACGCUCCGCCAAAGGCAAUGUCUCGAUCUACGAAGCCAACCCAGAAGGACGUUUCAUCGUCCUCGAAAACACCCACCGUGCCCGGGAAGAGCCGAUCGGCGAAUGGAAGCUGAAAAGAAGAAUCGAUAACCGAAGAGACAUUGUCUACACCUUCCCCAGAGACUUCGUGCUGAGACCCGGAAGAAGUGUUAAGGUAGGGUCUUGGGUGGCUUUUUAGAACUUUUUGGGGAGGCUUUUUUGGAAACUCCUUACAUAGUGGUACCAAAAAAAUUUAAAGUAGUACCAGAAAAUGAAAAGUUGUACUAAAAAGUCCCGAGAUCACUUUUAGAAUUAUUUUUAGGUCUACUAGGUUGUUCAAUAAAUUCUGAGCCCUCUAUCCGGGAAAUUUGCUUUGAGAGGGGCUCAGGAUUAUUUGAACAACUUAAUAGCUUGAAAAUAGUUCUAAAAGUGAUCUUGGGACCUUCUAGUACUAUUUUGCAUUUUUUGGUACUAUUUUUUUGGUACAUCUAUGCAAGGGUGUUCAAAACAAUUUUAUUGUAGGUAUGGCGUUUAAAAUAACAGUAGCAAAAGAAAAAAAGGAUCCAUAAGCCUAAUAUGAGCCUAAAAUAAAACUUUUUGGUACUAUACAGUACCGUUUUUUGAAAAAGAUCUCAAAUAUGUUGCUUUAGAUCUGGGCCCGCAACCAAGGCGUCCACAGCCCACCAGAACAACUCGUCUUCGACGGCGAAGAGUCGUUCGGAAGCGGCCACAACGUCCAGACCAUUCUUUAUAAUACUCAAGGAGAGGUGAGGCCUUUUAAAUCAUUUUUCGAAAUUUUAAAAUUUUUUGGAAUUAAAAAAAAUGUUUAAAAUGUCAUUUUUCGUUCUUCUAAUGCUAAAUCGUCCUAAAAUACGAAAAUUUUUAGGAACGUGCCACAUUGAUCCAAAGAUCCAGCCAAACCGCUACUGCCCACUAA